CUCCCGGUGCUGCUGCCCGGUCACCUGGGGCUGUGCACUCCCGGGGCUGCGUUCGUUACCUGAGCUCUAAGGGACAAGCAGUCCAGCCCUUUUCUGUGCUGGCUGGGUUUGCUUGUGUUUGUUCCUAGUCACCGCUCAUGUAAUGCACUCCCUCAACCAGGAAAUUAAAGCGUUCUCCCGGAAUAAUCUCAGGAAGCAAUGCACCAGGGUGACAACGCUAACUGGAAAGAAAAUUAUAGAAACGUGGAAAGAUGCCAGAAUUCACGUUGUGGAAGAAGUAGAGCCGAGCAGUGGGGGUGGUUGUGGUUAUGUGCAGGAUCUUAGCUUGGACCUGCAAGUUGGCGUUAUUAAGCCCUGGUUGCUCCUGGGGUCACAAGAUGCUGCUCAUGACCUGGAUACACUGAAAAAGCACAAGGUGACUCAUAUUCUCAAUGUUGCAUAUGGAGUUGAAAAUGCUUUCCUCAGUGACUUUAUAUAUAAGAGCAUUUCUAUACUGGAUCUGCCCGAAACCAAUAUUCUGUCUUAUUUUCCAGAAUGUUUUGAAUUUAUUGAACAAGCAAAAAUGAAGGAUGGAGUGGUUCUAGUCCAUUGCAAUGCAGGGGUUUCCAGGGCAGCUGCAAUUGUGAUAGGCUUCCUGAUGAAUUCUGAAGAAAUCUCAUUUGCCACUGCUCUUUCUUUGGUGAAGAAUGCAAGGCCUUCCAUAUGUCCAAAUGCUGGCUUCAUGGAACAGCUCCGUACAUACCAAGAGGGCAAAGAAAGCAAUAAGUCUGACAAAAUACAGGAAUUAGAAGGAGACAACAGUUCAUGAGUUACAUUCUAGCAGAUGAUGGACAACUAGUUUCUGAAUUGGCUUCUAUAACCACCUUUCCCCUUUUUGUAGACUAAUAAAAACUUCCUUUUCUCUUGCCUUUUUUUUUUUUUUUUUUUUUAGUGAAAAUGAACGUCAAUUGAUUGUCCUGAGAUAGCAUAUAAAUAAUUUUUAAAAUUAUAUCAUGUUUUCUUUGAUAUUAAGUGUGAUUAAAGCUUAUUUGAUUUGCUAAGGGAGAAUAACAAUGUAUUACCAAUAAUUGAUUUCUGUAGAAGAAAAACUGCUUAAAUUUAAAAAUCUGUGUUAGAGCAUGGAAAGGUUAAAUCAGUGAUUAAGACUUUUCUAUUCCAGCAACUGUAUCCAGGAAGGAAAAAACUUGAAAUGCUACUUGACUUACCAUUUCAGGAGGAGAUAAAUUUCUUCAUAAAUAAUUUAAGAUUAAAAACCAAUAUCGUGCCCUAGCUGGUUUGGCUCAGUAGAUAGAGUGUCGGCCUGCAGACUGAAGGGUUCCAGGUUCAAUUCCAGUUAAGGGCACAUGCCCGGGUUGCCGGCUCAAUCCCCAGUAGGGGGCGUGCAGGAGGCAGCCAAUCAAUGAUUCUCUCUCACCAUUGGUGUUUCUAUCUCUUCCUUCUUCUCUGAAAUCAAUAAAAAUAUGUAUAUUAAAAAAACAACAACCAAUACUGUAAACCUUCCAAAAGAGGUAACCAAAAUGUGAAGGUUUACACAAUAUUUACAUAGUGGUUACAGUAUUCACAAAAUUUUUGUCCUUUUGUACCCACUUUUUAUUGUGAUUUUUAAAAUUUAAUUAUAUACCCUGCAUUUAUUUAUGUUUUUGUGUAGAUUUUUUCUCUUACAUUAUUGUGAGCUUAUGGUUCUUUAAUUAGGUGAUCUAGUCUCUUGCAUUGUGUGUUUUUCAUCUUGGGUCCCUAGCAUUCUGUUCUUUGGGUCCCAGGCAUAAUUUUUUUAUCUUCUUAGAUCUGUGGAAAAACAUUUUGUACUGAAAAUUUGUUUUUUAGUUGUCAUUUGUUCAAUGAUCUGUUUUCUAGUUCAAUAUCCUACUAGAUAACGUAUUUUAAGGAAACAAGGAUUAUGGCUUUAUAAGAAAUUUUAAAUAUAUCGUUAGAAAGCCUAAAAUUAUUUAUAAUGUUACCUCUGGCCAGAGGCUUUGAAUGGUUUGUU